AUGAACUUCAGCAGGGAUGUGGCCCGACAAACCAGUUGUUAUACUUAUGUGAUAGAGGAUGAGGAUCCAGCCCUGGCGAAGGCUAAUGUAUUUGAGUUGGCUGAGAGGGGUGACCUGGCUCUCCUGGACAACCUCGUGAGGAAGAGCCCAGAGGUCCUGAGUGAGAAAGAUGAAUGUGGAGCCAGUCCCCUUCAUCAUGCCGCCGCAGGGGGCCACGUCACCCUCAUCCAAUUCAUCAUCGCUGUCAUCGACUCACAGGAGCUGAACAGCUGUGAUGAGGACGGCAAUACAGCCCUACACUGGGCAGUGGAGAGGAACAAGGCAGAGAGCUGCAGGGCUCUACUGGACCUGGGGGUUGACCCCAACAUCCUCAACAAGGCCCUCAUGUCCCCUCUGCAUCUGGCUGUCAGCCGCGGACACAACGACCUGGUGGGGUUGCUGUUGUCCUACAACACCACAGACUGUAAUCUGCAGGGAGACCUUGAGAACACCCCGCUGAUACUUGCCUGCUCCAUCAAUAACUGUGAGGCUCUCAGAAUUUUGAUAAAGCAUGGAGCGAAGCUCUGCAGACGAAACAAGCUCGGCCAUUACCCCAUACACGCUGCGGCUUUCGCAGGCGCAAAGAAAUCCAUGGAAGUGAUUCUGAAGGAAGGAGAAGAGUUCGGCCACAUUUGUGCGUCCCACAUCAACUAUUUAGACAAGUCCAAUAGCAGUCCCCUCCAUCUGGCUGUCCGUGGCGGUAAUAUUGAGACAAUCCGUCUCUGCAUUGCGACUGGGGCCAAAGUUGACCAGCAACAGAAUGACAAGUCUACACCGCUUCAUUUGGCCUGCACCCAGGGUGCUAUGGAGGUAGUCAAAUUGAUGCUCUCCUCCGUUGACCAAGUGGAAGACAUCAUCAACCUAACUGAUGGGGCGUUUCAGACGCCUCUACACAGGGCUACAAUAUUUGACCACACAGAGCUGGCGGAGUACCUAAUUUCUUUGGGUGCUGACCUAAACAGCAUCGAUUGCAAAGGAAACUCUCCCUUGCUUCUGGCUACGAGCUGUAGCGCAUGGAAAACCGUGGCUCUGCUGCUGUCAAAAGGGGCAGAUGUAAAUGUGACAGACAAAUGCGGCUGUAACUUCCUCCACCUGGCGAUUCUGCAGCCCAAGGGCCUGAAAAAUCUUCCGGAAGAAGUGCUGCAGCGUAACAGUGUAAAGGCUUUGCUGAGCUGUGAGGAUAACGAGGGCUGCACCCCGCUCCACUACGCUUGCAGACUGGGCAUCCAUGACUCAGUGAAGAACAUGCUCGGCCUUUCGGGGCAGGUCGGCCUCUCGUGCAAGUCCAAGGACAAGAAGUCUGCCCUGCAUUUCGCUGCUCAGUACGGGCGCGUCAAUACUUGCCACAGAUUGCUGGAGACCAUUAAAGACUCUCGUCUGCUAAAUGAAGGCGAUGAGCGGGGCCUAACACCGCUCCAUUUGGCCUCAAAAGAAGGGCACACCAAGGUGGUACAGCUGCUGCUACGCAAAGGAGCUCUCUUUCACAGUGAUUACAAGGGCUGGACUUGCCUUCACCAUGCUGCUUCUGAGGGAUACACACGGACCAUGGACAUCCUGCUGUCAGCCAAUCUCAAACUACUGGAUAAAACAGAUGAGGAUGGGAACACUGCACUCCACUUCGCUGCGAGAGAGGGACAUGUGGCUGCAGUCCGGCUCUUGCUAAUUCGGGGAGCAGACAUCAUCGUGAACAAGAACGACACCUCAUUCCUUCAUGAAGCUCUGCAAAACGGGAAAAAAGAUGUGGUCAAUGCUGUAAUUGACAGUGAAAGGUGUGCUGAGGCUUUGAAGGUGUUCACUCCCGGCAGCAGCCAGCGAUGUCCCAUAGUAGACAUGAUUGAGUUUUUGCCUGAGACCUACAAGCACCUACUGGAUCGCUGUGUGAGGGAAUCUGAUGAUGACCACAACAGUCCUGAAUACCAUAUUGAAUAUGACUUUGAGUGGCUCCAGGCUCCCAUUAUGGCAAAGAAGAUCACUGACAAGAAUUACAAGUUUCAGCCACUAGCUGCGCUCAAUGCAAUGGUGCAGUACAACCGCAUUGAACUCCUCAACCACCCAGUCUGCAAAAAGUAUCUGGCAAUGAAGUGGGUUGCAUAUGGGAGCACGGCUCAUGUUCUCAACAUGUUCUUGUACCUGUUAGGGCUAAUGCCCUUAACUCACCUGAUAGUGACUUUAAGGCCCUCUAUGAACACCACUGAAACGGGCGGACACGACAUCAUCAUGGUGCCAGUAUCUUUCACCCAGCAAAGUCUGUUCAUGAGCUUUUGCAUGGUGAUGGUCGUGAUUAUGAACAUCUACUCAAUAGUGAAGGAAGUGGUGCAGAUUACACAGCAGCGCUGGAGUUACUUCAGGGAUUAUUCCAACCAAUGUGACUGGAUUUCAGCCGUCUUCUCCCUUCUGUUCAUAAUCCCUGUCAUGUUCAAUUCAGAGGGCUCAUUACACUGGCAAGCAGGUGCAAUAGCAGUUUUAAACUCCUGGGUUGGAUUUCUCCUUUAUCUCCAGAGGUUUGAAGGUGUUGGCAUCUACGUUGUGAUGUUUGGGGAGAUCAUGAGGACAUUGAUCCGUGUUGUUAUGCUGUUCUUCUACCUGAUGUUAGCAUUCAGUUUGGCAUUCCAUGCCCUGAUGCUCAAUCAGAGAGAGUUCGAGAGCGUCCCACUCUCAGUGAUGCAAACUUUUGUGAUGAUGGUUGGAGAACUGAACUACCAGAAUAACUUCCUGGAUGCAUAUCUGAACCAUGAACUCCCUUUUGGUCCCCUGACAUACUUCUUCUUUGUGGGCUUUGUUCUGCUCAUGCCAAUCCUACUGGUGAACUUGAUGAUUGGUUUAGCAGUUGGAGACAUUGCUGAAGUUCAAAGAAAUGCUGCCCUAAAACGAAUAGCCAUGCAGAUUGACCUCCAUACCGCUCUGGAAGACAAGCUCCCUUACUGGUUUAUGAAACGAGUGGACAAACCCUCCGUCACCACCUACCCCAACCGCAAAUGCUCCAGGCGCUUCCUCAAGGUGAUAUUCUUUGGUGAAGAGGAAACAAAUGAAGUCUGGAAUCGUCUGCAGUCCAAAUCAAAGAGCUGCACUGUGAUAGAGACGGAGCUCAGAAAGCAGAAGCAAAGAAUGAAGGAGAUGUCCAGCAUCCUGGAGAAGCAGCACGGCCUCCUGAAGCUCAUCAUCCAGAAGAUGGAGAUCACGUCCGAGGCCGACGAGUACGACGGCCCUGUGACCAUCCGGGGCACCAUGUGGCCCACUCUGAGUCAUGUGAAACCAAGAGGACGGAGCACGUCUCGCUGGGUGCCGCUGAUGAAGGCCAUCGAGUCCAAACGCAAAUGA